AUGAGAAUCAUUAACGAGCCAAUAGCAGCCACCAUUGCUUGUGGCUUGUAUAAUGGCCUCAACAAGAAGGAUUCAAAUGUUAGCGAGAAGAACGUGCUAAUCUUUGACAUGGGUGGUGGCACUUUUGAUGUCUCUCUCCUCACCAUAAAAGAGGGGAUUUUCGAGUUGAAGGCGAUGUCCGGAGACACUUAUCUAGGCGGCAACAACCCAGUUGAAGCGGUGGAGUAUGGCGCGACAGUGCAAGCCGCCAUUUUAAGUGGUGAAGGCAACCAAAAGGUUCAAGAUCUGCUUAUGUUGGACGUGACGCCUCUAUCUUUGGGAGACGAUGUUGAUACCACGAAACACCACCAUUCUGAAGAAGAAUGA